AUGACACCUUUUCACAACCAAGUGACUUAUCCAACUGGGACUCAACCAUUUGGAGUAACAGUUGCCGACUUUAAUCUUGAUAAUAAGGUUAACAUUGCCGUCGCAAACUACGGAGACAGCGUCAUUAGUGUUCACUUCAACGCAGGUAAUGGUACUUUUCGUAGUCAAGUUAUUUACGAAACUGGCAGACAGCCUGUCCACGUAACAGUAUCUGAUUUGAAUGGAGACUCUAUACCUGAUAUUAUUGUUGCUAACUCUGGUUCAAAUAACAUCGAUAUCCUCUUACAUCGCUAA